AUGCUACCAGAUGUUGAUUACAAGGCAGCUCAAACUCACAAACGUAUCAGAAAGAAGGUACCCAAUGACGGAGAUGCACCAGAAGUAUAUCUGAAUGACAGAGAUAAAUAUCGUAUCACCACCUUUUACACAAUUAUUGACAAACUUGAAACUGAGAUGAGAAGAAGAGGAGAGAUAUAUAAAGAAAUAGCAGAGAGGUUUUCUUUUCUAAGUGAUGUGCCACAUAAUGCCACUUCAUCAUCUACUGAAAUUGAAAGGUAUUCUCAGUGCUGUCAAAAGCUGACUGAUGCUUACCCAGAGGAUUUCAACACUAAUUUCUCAGCUGAGCUUCAGCAGUUUCACUUAUAUGUGCGCCAUAAGUUCAGUGCAACAAAAAAUGUAAAAACAAGAUUCAGUCAUGCUGAACUUUAUAAAAUGAUUGUAGAAGACAAUAUCGAGUAUGCCUUUCCAAAUGUUGAUAUUGGCUUUCGUAUAUUUUUAACAUUAAUGGUCACAAAUUGCUCAGCUGAGCGUUCAUUUUCUAAGUUGAAGUGUAUUAAAAAUCCCAUCAGAACAACUAUGCAACAAGGCAGGCUGGAUGCCUUAUCUCUACUAAGUAUAGAAGCAGAUGUGUUACAUAAGACUAGUUUUGAGGAUCUGAUCAAAGACUUUGCAAUUAAAGAAAGUAGAAAACUUUUCAACUAUAAAUAA